UUGAAAAUUCAUACUUAUACGCCAUUCGUUUCAAUAAUCCAAGAUGGCGCACCGAAGAAUAUGUUCUGAAACGAUCUUAUGUUACAGAAUUACAAUAUGUGAAAAAUAAAACUGUUAUUUGGUUCUUUAAUUGUUGAACAAAAUCAAGUAAAUACUAAAAGAAAAUGUCUGAUGAACCUCUCAGUAUUGUUGAGUAUUAUGCUCAAGAAAAAAGACAUGCGUGUGGUUAUUGCAAAAGUCCAAAUACAAAUUUUAGUCAUGGUAUGUGGGCACACUCUUUGACAGUUGAAGAUUAUCAAAAUUUAAUAGAUAGAGGAUGGAGAAGAAGUGGUAGUUAUUGUUAUAAACCUACAAUGGAUCAGACAUGUUGUCCUAUGUAUACCAUCAAGUGUGAAGCUUUGAACUUCAAGAUCUCCAAAUCACAAAAAAAGAUUUUAAAGCGUAUGACGAAGUUUUUAAGAAAUGAACUAAAAAAAGAUGAAAUUAUGGAUACUAAUGAUGAACGCCAAGAUAUUACUGAUAUAAAUUUUGAGCAAAUUCCAAAUAAGCAUGCGAUACUGGCACAGAAAAAUAUUUCCAAAUUAAAUGUAUCAUCGAUAGAUAAUGAACCCAAUGAAAUAUUAAAUCCUAAGGUGUUAAAUUACAGCAAGAAUUUCUGUAAUUUAAAGAAUGAACUACAUUCAGAUAGUAGUGCUUCUAUCCAAAAUCCUGAAGAAAAUAUAUCUGUUGCUUUAGAAACAAGUACAAUACAAGAAGGUAAUAAUUCUAGUAGCAUACCUUGUAAAAAAGCAAAAUUUUUACGUAUAGAACGCAAACAAAAGAAAUUGUUAGCUCAAGGGAAGUCAUUAAAAGAAAUUGAAACUGCCUUUAAAGAAAGCAAGCAACAAAAUUAUGUUAAAACUUUAGAGGAAUUGUUUGAUGAAAUAUGGACUGGAACAAAAAAAUUGGAGCUGAAACUAGUUAGAACCUCACCGAUGAGUUCUGGAUAUCUAAUGACUUCAAAAAAAUCUUAUGAGGUCUAUAAAAAAUAUCAAAGCACAAUACAUCGGAUUCCAACAGAGAAGAUUACAGAGCAACAGUAUACAAGGUUUCUUGUGAAAUCCCCAUUACAGAUAAAAUUAGUGAGGGUAAGGACAGAAGAAUUUCUUAAAUCUCUCGAUAUAAGUGCAAAUCUUUACAAAAAGUAUCAAAUGGCUAUUCAUGGAGAUGAACCAGAGGAAUGUAAUAAAAAAACAUUUGUCAAUUUUCUUGUAGAGAGCCCUUUGCAGGAAUGGAUACCUGAAAAUGGCCCACCUCAAGGGUAUGGUUCUUUUCACGAGCAAUAUUGGCUGGACAAUGAAUUGAUUGCUAUUGGUGUUAUUGAUAUUUUGCCAUCGUGUGUUUCGAGCGUAUAUUUCUUUUAUGAUCCAGAAUACUCUUUUCUUUCUUUAGGAACUUUUAGCUCUUUGAAAGAAAUUUAUUUAACAAGACAUCUUAAUAAAAUCGCGAAUAAUUUAAAAUAUUACUACAUGGGAUUUUACAUACAUACUUGCCCUAAGAUGCGGUACAAAGCUAGAAUGAAACCAUCUAAGCUAUUAUGUCCAGAAACUUAUGUUUGGUGUGACAUUGAACCUUGUUUAGCAAGUUUGGACAAAGAAAAGUAUUGUAGAUUCAAUGAGGACAUAGAUGCCAUAGAUGAAGAUGGUAUAGUGGAUAUUAAUAAGAUAUUCAUUUUAUAUAGAGAAAUGAUAAUGACUUACAGAAUUUAUAAAGCACAAAGAAAUAUAAAGCAAGAAGAAGAAGAAUUGAAAAAGUAUGCUAGCCUAGUUGGAAUGAAAUGUGCGCAAAGUCUGCUUCUUUAUCGUAGCUAAUUUUUGAAGAAUAAAUGACAUUAUUUUAUCGAGAGUAUAUAGUUUCAUGAACAAUAAUAAUGAACAAUUUUAUUUGUUA